UUCUUACUUUGUUUUCUCCAGCCCGUGAGCUAGCACCUGCCGCUACCACUCCCUCAUAACUCAGCCGCUCUCAACCCGAGAAUCGCCCUGAACGGCGGAUAAGUCUGAGCCAGCAUCCAAACACACAAAACAGUCGCCAGACGUUGUAGCAGGACCUGAUUCGCGCGCAGGGACGGCGGAAGAAAGAGGCUCAGGUUGAUUUCCGCGCGCAGAUUUUGGCCGGCAAAUCAACUCACCGCUCCCAGGUGGCUUAUAUCUGAAUUGCAAACAAUUCAUAGGUUAGUAACGAGAGAAAUACUGAUUCCUGCGUGUGUUCGGUUCGGAGUUGAAGAAUGGCCAUGUAUAUUCGUGUUAAGCGUAGUAAGACAACUUACUUUAUCCAGUGUGAACCAACUGAAACAAGUUUAGAUAUAAAGCAGAAAUUACAUGAUCUUAUUGAUCGACCGGUAAAUGACCAGCGCUUGAUCUUAGUCAGUACUGGGGAAGUAUUGGAGGAUUCAAAGGCGUUGGCGGAUCAGAAGGUUGAAAAUGACGCCGUUGUUGCACUGGCUUUCAGAAAAGAUGACAAUGAGUUUGAAGAGGUCAACAUUGUUCGGCCAGACGACUUCUAUCCGUCUCGUGAUGCAGAUGCAGGCAGUUGGUGAAGCCGGAAGUUUUCCUCCAGAAAAGCUAACCAGCUGCAAUCCAGCCUGCAACAUUUCGAGUGUAGGUCUAGCUAUCGACAUCAAUGGAGGCCGAAGUCCAUCUGCUUCGAUCGUUUCCUACUCGUGCUCAGAUCUUUAGGACAAUAAUAUUUAGGGGUACUUUGAUCUAGGUCCAAAAAUUCGAUUUGUUAUUGGAUUUAGUCCAGUGUUCCAUUUUUCUACUUUAAUUAAACUUCUUGAUUUAUCCAUCUCUAUUCGCAUUUUUAA